AUGAUGAUUGGAGAUGUGAAAGAACCGAUGUUGGCAAUGAUGGAGACGGUAAAACGAGGCAUCCGUUGGAUGAAAUUCAUCCAAGGCCCAUCCAACGGUGCGGUUGACCCGGCGAAGAGACGCUGGAAGAAAGACGUGCUGAAACCAGAGCGUGGUGCACCAAGUCGUACUGGACAGGGAUGGCCGGUCCAAUGGGCUGUGAGGAGACUCCAACAAGGAGAAUCUUUCACUUUCACGACCAAAGAAGGGCACCAAGAGACCUUUGAUCCCAUCAUUCCUGCAGCUUGGUUUCAGGAAGCUCAGAGCAGCAGCGUUUCGGAGACUCCACAAGAGGUUGAGGUCUUUAUGACUGUGGCAGGGCGUCAGGACAAAGGUGGCUCAGUGACGCGACAAGUGACGCUGGAGGAGAUGGAAAAGUUGGUUCCGGUCUCCUUUGUGCCGCAGCUGCUGCCACCAGCGCUGGCGGAUCAUUUCCUGCGCAGCUUCCAACAGGAGGCAAAGACGUGGCAUACAUCCAAGCGUUGGCUCUACGAAAAGGAGAUUGAAAGCCACCGUGUCGAAUCCGGUUUCCGUUUCAACGACCUGGGCGUGACAUCGACGUCCCGCUGGGAGAGCAGUGGCUUUGGGGAUGACCUGCGAUACCUUCGGGGCCAGGUGAUCACCGCGGUGCAACGAGCACGGGCCCAGUUACGCCGGCAAUGGCGCGCGGCUGCUUCCAGCGCUGGAAGCUGCGAUUCCCGGCCCUUGACCAAAGAGGAGCUGGCGCAGGAAACCGUGGCCCUCGCGAGUCGUGGGCAGCGCUUGUCCGCCAAGAGUAUCGAAUGGCUGGUGCGUUAUGCGGCCAGCAGCUACGCCCUGAAGGCCUGGCGUUGGGAGCCCAACUUUUGCGUGGCCAACCUCUACCGCGACCAGGAGGAUUUCCUGGGUGCCCACAGCGACCCAGUGGAGCUGAUCGGUCCCUGGGCCAUCGUGGCCUCGGUGACCUUCGGCGCGGCGCGCCAGUUUCGGAUGAAGCCGGUGGCGCAGAUCGCCACGGAACGGGAAGGUGGUGGACGCAUCACCUCCUUUAGCAUCCGUUUGCCACACAACUCGCUGCUGGUGUGCUGGGAAGGUUUCCAAGAAUUUUGGCGCCAUGAGGUUCCCAAAGACAAGGGCCUCACAUCGCACAGCAUCAGCGGCCCGGCGCGGCUGAAUUUCACCUUCCGGAAAUCCGUGGGUGCAGUGGCAGCCCGGAAGCCCAUGUGCCAUUGCGGGCGCAAGGCGGACUUGAAACCCGUGUUGAAAGCUUCAGAGAAUCGGGGACGAUAUUUCUGGUCCUGCAGAAAUCCACGUGUCAAGAAAGGGACCUACCGCACCUGCGACUUCUUCAAGUGGGACGAUGAACUCCUGCGGGCGAAAGAUGCCAAGGACGUGGCAUUCUUCACCGAUCGGGACAGCACCGCUCCCUUGCCAAAUGCGCUCUCAAGAGUGGUGGUGGCAGGACCGGUUGAGCACUGGCAGCAAAGCUCAAGUGGUGAAGUGUUGGCACCCGGAGGGGGCACCCAAAGAAACACAUUCUGUUCUGAGCCCAUUAUCUUUGGGAUGCAUGCCAAGUGA